GCGCUGCUGGCGCUGCUGGCGCUGCUGGCCGGCGCGCCCUGGGCAGAUAUUUGUGAAGCUCUGAACGUGACCGUCUCCCCGGGACCCAGGACCCAGCAUCUCAUUGGAGAUAAUGUCACUUUAUUCUGCCACGUUUCUCAGAAAAGGCGAAGGGAAAACCUUUUGGCUGUCCGGUGGGUUUUUGCUCUCCCCUCUGCCCAGGAAUACCUGAUGAUCAAAAUGACCAAAUUUGGGGUCGUCCAGUACUAUGGGAACUACACAAGCCGCCUCUACAAGCGAAGGCUUCGGCUCCUUGAGGAGAAACACAGGGCGAUGUACGCAUUUCUGAUCCUGAACAUCCAACAAGCCGAACAAGGACACUAUAUUUGCAAAGUGCAAGAGAUCGGCAGGCAAAGGAACAGGUGGACUUCCUGGUCCAACGGAAGCGCCUCGACCGAAGUCCAAGUGUUUCCAUCCCGUUUUUUGGAUGAGGAAAAACCCAAUGCUUGGGCAUUUUUUAAAGACCCCUCUGCCUAUGCGGUCCUGAUGUGCUCGGCAGGGAUCCUGAGUAUCCUCCUUUUCACUCUGGUCAUCCUCUGCCAGAUCUUGAGCAACAAGAAACGAGCCAGUGGGAAACGUAGCUUGGUGAAAUCUCCUCAGAAGAGCUUGCAGGAGGCAGGAAGUCCCAGCAAGGCAGCCGGCUCUCCAGGGCCCCCCCCCACCCGGAGGAAAGGGGUGAAGGCGGCCGAGGCACCCCCAGCAGUUCCUGCCAAAGCACCAACAUCCCAGGCCUUCUCAAAGCCUAAACUCCUGAAACCACACAGGAAGGUCACCUUGCUGAAGGGCCGAGAGGAGAACCUGACCUACGCUGAGCUGGAGCUGCUGAAGCCUCACCAGGAGGCCAAAGGCGCUGCGCCCACCACCACCGUCUACGCCCAGAUCCUCUUCCAGGAUAACGACGACGACGUGUAA